GCAGUCGGGCUCGGCGCCGGGGGCGGGAGGGGGCGGGGGGAGCGCGCCAGCCGCCCGAGUGGGGGGCGAUGGCGAAGCUCCGGGUGGCUUACGAGUACACGGAAGCCGAGGACAAGAGCAUCCGGCUCGGCUUGUUUCUCAUCAUCUCCGGCGUCGUGUCGCUCUUUAUCUUCGGCUUCUGCUGGCUCAGUCCCGCGCUGCAGGAUCUGCAAGCCACGGCGGCCAACUGCACGGUGCUGUCGGUGCAGCAGAUCGGCGAGGUCUUUGAGUGCACCUUCACCUGUGGCGCCGACUGCAGGGGCACCUCGCAGUACCCCUGCGUCCAGGUCUACGUGAACAACUCCGAGUCCAACUCCAGAGCGCUGCUGCACAGCGACGAGCACCAGCUCCUGACCAACCCCAAGUGCUCCUAUAUUCCUCCCUGUAAGAGAGAAAAUCAGAAGAACUUGGAAAGCGUCAUGAAUUGGCAACAGUACUGGAAGGAUGAGAUCGGUUCCCAGCCAUUUACUUGCUAUUUUAAUCAAUUUCAGAGACCAGAUGAUGUGCUCCUGCAUCGCAGGCAUGAUGAGAUUGUCCUCCUACAUUGCUUCCUCUGGCCCCUGGUGACAUUUGUGGUGGGCGUUCUCAUUGUGGUCCUGACCAUCUGCGCCAAGAGCCUGGCAGUCAAAGCAGAAGCCAUGAAGAAGCGCAAGUUCUCUUAAAGGGGAGAAGGCUUGUGGAAAGCAAAGCACAGAAGCUGCGCCCAUCGGCACACAUGUCCCCGCAGAGCCCGUUUCCUGGCGCAGGAGAUGGAAGGGGCUAUGGGAGGUCUCCGAGAGGCUCCUGCCUCGAUGGCAGCAGAAACCGGCACAACUGGAAGACUCGGAACCUCAUAGAUUGUAUGCCAUGUGUCGUAGCGAUGGCCAAGGGGGCAAGCUCUUAACCUAAUGGAGUAACCGUUUCAGAAAACCCCAUACGAAGUUCAUUUUCUUUGGAAAGUAACCGUAUAUAAGUGUAGUAUACAAACCAUUAUGAUUUAUGCUACUUAAAAAUAUUAAAAUAGAGUGGUCCGUGGUUUUUUUUUUUCUAUUUCCUUUUUUAUGCUUAGAACACCAGGGUUUUAAAAAAGGGUCUCGAGGGUUUCAUUCGAUUCAUUCGAUUCUGCUAGAUUAAACUUGUACUUAGAACUAAGGACCCCUGCCCACGUCUUGACCUCACAAUAUGAUCCCCACCUUCCAUUGCUAAGGACUACCUUUUGACUCCUGCUUGAAAAAUGAAAAGUGCCCUGUUAACUCCGUCUUCAGCCAUUUCUGUGACUCUUCAUCAAGGGAUCCUCAAAGAUCGGAAAAACAUAUCCUCCAACACUUGCCUUCGCCUCUCCGUUAUUUGUCACCAGAUUAUUUCUUGAGAGAGGGGAGGUGAUUCUGAACAAGGUCUGUCCUGGCUCUGAGAGCCCCUGCUCCUUCAUUCCUGCGUCUGUGUUAGGUUUGAUGGAUUUGUAUCUCGGCACAGCAGAACGUACCUGUUGUGAGGGACACUGUGCAGCUGCUGUUUUUGUUCCUUUCUUCUUUUAGGCCAGAAAAAAAUAUUCAAAAUCAGUUCAAGUAUUUUGUUUUUAUUUUCUUUUUUCUUGCCUUGACGUUGUCAGUAUUAAAAGCAGAACAUUGCCACAGAAGUUCCGUUUGCUGGGACAAACCUGGAGAGACAACCCAGCACCCGUCCCUGCCACCACCGAGCUUCCUGUUCUGUGCCUUCUCAGAAGUUCAUGGAGGAGACCAUACUUCCUGGCAUCUGUCCAUAAACUCAAAUUCCAAAUAUCAGUCACCGGUCUCCAUGGCUAUCACGCCUACCCAGGUAUUUACCAGGUGGAAUCAAACCUCUGUUUAGAUGAGAGGUACAUUUUUAGUGAAGGAACAACUGACAAUCUGAUUCCUUUUUGCUUUCUUCUCUUAGUCUUCAAACACGCUUCUCUUAGAAUGAAGGCCACUUAAGGACAGUACUUGCUCAGGGUUCUAAGAAAGAGACAUAUUAGUGGGAUGGUAAUCUCCUGACUUCUCGUUCACAUCCUGCUGUUUUCUUAAUUUUAGAAUGCAAGUCACUGAGAGCGCCACAGUCUCCUACGGGAGGGUGUCGAAUGAAUAUGAUCCUUUUUUCCUAAUUCAGUGUUACAAGUUUCACUGUGAAAACGGCCUUGAGCACGCUGUUGAUGACAUCCUUUUGGGCAGCUCGGGGCCUUGACCUCAGUGCCGGCUUUGUGCUGCAGCGUCCCUGCUGUCUUAGCAACACCGUGAGCCGUUGGGAAGCACGGUUACUCGAGAAUGGGAACCUGAGACUAUCACCAUCUUUGCACCACAUAGUGGGAGAGGAAGUCUACACUCACCAUUAUAGCUUAAUCCAAUAACCUCUGAUUAAUUAAUUACAGAGACUAGAUAAAAAUAGUGCAGGGAUAUAUGUGAUGUGUUGGAAAAAAGGGAAAUUGAAUAUAUAGUGAUCUGAGUUUUCAUGUAUCAGUUUGACACUCACAGGUUUAUGUUAAUUAAGGCCUCUAUUUAGACUCAAAGAAUAUACAUGACUAUAUUCUGUAGGUUGAUUUUUGGAAAAGAGGAGAAACGCUGAAUUCAUGAGGUCACGUGUAGCUUUAAGGUCUUACUUGGUUAUAGCUAGUUAAAUUUGAGGCCCCUUAUACUUGUCCUUAAAGCUAAAAUCCAGAGGAACAAGGAAAGGCCAUUUUUAAGAUCACAAAAAGGUAAAGAAGCUUAACUUCUUAACACUUUAAUUCACUUUUCUGUACAUGUGAGGAAAUGGUCAAAGCUGCUGUCACAGAGACCCCAAAAUAUGACAGCUCAUAGAAGUUCUUUCUUCCUCGCCCAGCAGUCCAGAGGCAGCAGAGAAGUCCGGGGCCCCGCAGGCAGCUCUUGUUUCAGACAGUAAUGGAGGGCCCCAGGAUUCAUCUAUCUUGCUAUUCUUUUAUUACCAAGGGUGGUGUUCGUUCCAUGGUCAAAAUUGGCUCAAAGAAUCACACCCACUUUGCAGCCUGGGAAAGAGAGGAAGUUGGGAGCAAGCUAUUUCUUUUUAAGGAAAUUUCACCCAUCCUUUUGCUCACAGUUAUCCGUGAGUACUUAUUACACAGCUAUGCCUAGCCUCAAGGAAGGCAGGGACAUGUUCUGUUGAGCUAGAUGGACAUAUGUUCCAGUAAAUCUCCAGGGGAAGGAUUCUAUUUCUAAAAGAAAGGGGUAGAAAGAGUACUAAGGAUUUUAUUUAUUUAUUUAUUUGAGAAAGAGAGAGCACCCACAACCGAAGGGAGGGGCAGAGGGAGAAGCAGACUCCCCGCUGAGCCAGGAGCCCAAUGCAGGACUCGAUCCCAGGACCCUGAGAUCAUAACCUGAGCUGAAGGCAGAUGCUUAGCCAACUGAGCCACUCAGGUACCCAAGGCUACUAAAGUCAAGGAUAGGAAUGAUGGUUAGCUGUCAGUGCCCCAUGCCAUGAUGAAAAUCUGAGCAGGGCUUACAAAGAUCCUUUGCCCCAGCGGGAAAUAAGGUCCUUGGUUAAACCUUGAAUCUGCUCUCUUGGAGAAACUUGUCCGUUGUCAUCUGUGGUCCCCGGUUCGACCUCUAGGAAAUGGUUGCUCCUCAAACUCAUAACCACGCCUGAAACUUGGGGGGUUUAUUACGGCCUUUUCAGGCUCCUGCCUGCUGGGCCACACUUGUAGACCUAGAUUUCCUUAGGGAUUGAGCAGUCAUAGGCUUUUAUAAACCAGGAUCAUUGUUCAUUUGUCUGUGAUAAAGAGGUUGAGUCCAUUUUUUAUGUUUGACGGCUGACAGCUUUCAUGCCUCCCUUUUCCCCCUCCCCGCUGUGUUCCACAUCUGGGCAAGCUGAUUAGAAAGGUUGGGGGCCUCCUUCUUUGGCCCAGUGGGAAGUUCAAACCACAGAAGCCUGGCCUGAAAGCAGGAACCCUUUCUCCAGCCUCACACCCUAAGAACAAUAAAAGCCAAACCAGUCAAUUCAUUUUUGGACCUGCGUGGGGACUGCCCUGCCCUGCCCUCCCCAGAAAGAUGUGAAUAAUAAACCUUUUCAUACCCUCUU